GCGGGCCACUCCUCGCGAGAAGGCCGCGCCCUCCCGGGUAGGCUCAGGGGCGGAAGUGGGGUGCCGGAAGCUGCCGUUGCCAUGGAGCCUGCGGAAGACUGGCUGGUGGAAUCCCUGCGCUUGUACCAGGAUUUCCAUGCGUUCGACCUCUCGGGAGCCACACGGGUCCUUGAAUGGACUGGUGACAAAGGAGUCUUUGUUGCUGGCUAUGAAAGCCUGAAAAAAAAUGAGAUUCUUCAUCUUAUAUUACCUCUCAGACUUUCUGUAAAAGAAAACCAGGGCUUAUUUCCAGAAAGAGAUUUCAAGGUGCACCGUGGAGGGUUUUCAGACAGGUCUGUCUUUGAUCUGAAGCACGUGCCAGACACCAGGUUCCUGGUAACCAGCGGACUUCCAGGUUGUCACCUGCAGGUGUGGCAGGUUGCAGAGGACAGUGAUGUCAUUCAAGCUGUGAGCACCAUUGCUGUGCAAGAGAAAGAGGAGCGACUCUGGCCUCGGGUGGCCAUCUUCUCGUCAGAGGCCCCGGGAGUCCUCCACGGGGUGAGGCUCAGCAGCCUGAAGGUCGUGGACCUGGAAUCCCACCAGCCCACAUACUCCUCAGGCGUCAGUGACAGUGAGACGCUGAGUAGCCUGCAGGUCCUGGAUGCACACACCUUUGCUUUCUGCUGCGCCUCAGGCCGGCUGGGGCUUGUUGACACCCGCCAGAAGUGGGCACCAUCAGAGACCCUCUGCCCCAGCCCUGGGCUUGGUGGAGAGAGGUGGUGUGCAGAAGUUGGGGCCAACGGCCAGGGCCCUGGGCCCCGCAUUGCCAGUCUUGGCUCAGAUGGGCAGCUCUGUCUUCUUGACCCCCGGGAUCUCUGCCAUCCUGUGAGCUCAGUCCAGUGCUCAGUGUCCACACCCAGCCCUGACCCCGAGCUGCUGCGAGUGACUUGGGCUCCAGGCCUGGACAGCUGCUUGGCCAUUUCAGGUUUUGAUGGGACAGUCCAGAUCUAUGAUGCCACGUCUUGGGGUGGACCGGGGGGCCAAGUAGAACCUCUCUUCACUCACAGAGGUCACAUCUUUCUGGAAGGCAGUAGUGCAGACACUGCUCCCCUGGUCACCACCCACACCUGGCACCCCCGCAAACCAAGGACCCUACUGUCAGCAGCAAGUGACGCUUCUCUGCAAGUGUGGGACUGGGUGGACCCCCGUGCCUCCCGCUGACACCAGCGUCUUUCUUUCCAGGCCUUGAGGAAGAGGAGCAACUGCUGCCCAGCAAAGGCACGGACUUAGGACUAACUGACCACAGGUCCCAGUCACCAGCUGAGUGGCAGGUUAACCAGCUUCUUUAAGCCCCAGCUUCUUUAUUUGUGAAAUGACAACAGUAAUACCCACCUUGCAGGGCUGUUGGGAGAGUUAGAAGUAGUAUGUUGAAAAUCACUGGCAGGAUGUGAGGUACAUGUUUGGUAGCAGCUGGCAGAGUUGGAGCCAUUUGCCCCCAGGAAAAUGGCGGUGCUUUUUCCCAGUGAGGAUAGAGGAGCUAACAAAUGUACGUGUCUUAUGAACUUUUUUAUAGAACUAAAAAUGUCAAAACAAGAUCAUGCUGUUUUUGCUGACCAGAUUGCCCAAUUUUAAAACAUUAUUAGCUUGAACGGCCGCGCGAGCUUAUAGCAUAUGCAGUUCAGACGGCGCAGGGGAGCAGCAGGUCCUCUAAGGCGCUCGUGGAAUGUACGGUGGCAUGGUAGGCACGGCGAGCCAUGACUUGUAUAGUCCGUCUCCUGUUAAAGGACACUUGAAAUGUUAUCUUUUGCUGUUAACAAGUAGUGUGAACAGCUUUUCUACCCAUGAACAAUAUGUCUGUAAGAUAAAUUCCUAAAAAUAGAAUGCUAAGGCAGAGGA